AUGGAUCAUGGGGCAGUUGGAAUGGAUGUUGUACUGGGGACGUGGAAUGACCCAGGAUCAUUCUCCGCUGGUCCAUGGGUGAGGGCUUCUGAGGAGAAGCAGGAUUUGGAAAAACCUCUGCCAGAACCUAGAACAGUCCCUGUAAAGGUGGGGAGCACAGCAGAGGAAGAGGAGGAAGAAUCGGAGGAAAUGUCCCCUGUAAAUAAGACGUUGAGGGAAGCAGAGGAUGCCACUCAAAAGAUGGAGGAAGCUCUGAAACAUCCAUGGUCAGAAAUGGAAAAAGAAAGAAGGGGAAAUAUAGACCCUAAAUCCACGGAGAAUAAAUCAGCAGCAUUGUUCUGCACUGGGGUCCGGUGUGCCCGUCAAGCAGGUGCUCUCCUCCCCCUCCCGCCCCCCAGCAUCUCUGCACUGAUCGCAGCGCAGAACGUGACGAAUGUGAAGCCGCCGAUUUUCCUGGACUCGUCCCAGAGCUGGGAGACGUGGGGCGGCGAGAGGCCCAACUCCCUGGACCUCAUGGUCAACAUCAACAUGAUGCACGUCACUGAGAUGCGGUGCACCGAGGGCUUAUUCGAAGGAGCAGGGACGCUGCUGAAACCCCAGGCUGUUCUGAUCACCUAUGGGCCCUACGCCAUCAACGGCCGGAUCAGCCCGCAGAGCAACGUGGACUUUGACUGCUUCCUGAGGCAGAGGACCCCGGCCUGGGGCCUGCGGGACACGGUUGUGCUGCAGCAGCUGGCCCAGGCCAAUGGGCUGCGUCUGGAGAGGAUGGUGGGUACCGGCGGGCGCCCCGCGCUGGAGGCCCAUGAACUGAGAGGGCACAUGCCUGAGCAGGGCCCACCUACGGGGGGAUAGUGCUAGAAGGGUGGGAUGGUUCCCCUCCCCAGCAGAGCACCCCCUGCCAGAGCUGGGGAGACCUGUCCCUGCUUCCCAGCUUGGCCUGAGGUGGCAAUUCUAACACGGGAGCA